CUGCUGCUUUUUUUUCUCUUCUCUCGUCUCUGGUUUUGACAGUUAUGAACCUGGAGAGCAAGGAAGCUGAAGACAUAUGAGAAGAAGACAACUUUUAAUAAAUCCAAGACACAGCCUGAAGGAAAGUAAUUUCCAGACCUCCUGUUCUCGCUUGUCAUUGGAAUUGCAGGCUGUUGGGCUUGCAGAAACUUAAAGGUGAACACAGAGGGGACUGUCUUGUCUGCAAAGCUGUCUGUGUCCUUUGACCACUCUGGAGUUCAACCAGCAUGGAUGGUGCUUUCUGUUCGUUGCGUGCGGAGGCAGUGGUAGCCAUGAAGGCGGCGAUGGCAUCUGCUGAGAGCCUCCAGCUCACUCUGAAGACUGAGCUCAGUCAGGAAGUACAGGCUCUCACCAAAACCAACAGUACCAAGGAGAGCGAGAGAACCCGGAAUGACGACCUUAAAGAGAUGCUGGAGAGCAACAAGGACUCCCUCAAACUGGAGGCCAUGAAAAGGAUCGUUGGGCUAAUUUCCAAAGGGAAGAAUGCAUCCGAACUGUUUCCUGCUGUUGUGAAGAAUGUCGCCAGCAAGAAUAUAGAGCUGAAGAAGCUUGUGUACGUGUACCUGGUGAGAUAUGCAGAGGAGCAGCAGGACUUGGCCUUGCUCUCCAUCAGCACCUUCCAGCGUGCCCUCAAGGACCCAAACCAGUUCAUCCGGGCCAGUGCGCUGAGGGUUUUGUCCAGUAUCCGGGUCCCCAUAAUUGUCCCCAUCAUGAUGUUGGCCAUCAAGGAGGCUGCAGCUGACUUGUCCCCCUAUGUCAGGAAGACAUCUGCUCAUGCUAUCCAAAAGCUUUUUAGCCUAGAUCCAGACCAGAAGGAGCAGCUGAUCGAAGUGAUCGAGAAACUAUUGAAAGACAAAAGCACACUGGUUGCAGGCAGCGUGGUCAUGGCUUUUGAGGAAGUGUGUCCUGAUCGCAUUGACCUGAUCCAUAAGAACUACAGAAAGCUGUGUAAUCUGCUGGUGGACGUGGAGGAGUGGGGCCAAGUGGUCAUCAUCUCCAUGCUGACACGCUAUGCCAGGACACAGUUCACCAGUCCGUGGAAGGAGGGUGCUGUGUUUGACGAGAAUAAUAUGAAGACUUUUUAUGAUUCUGGAGAGGAUGAAAAAGGCCAGAUGGAGGAGAAAUCUUACAUGAUGGAUCCAGACCACAGACUGCUGUUGAAGAACACCAAACCUCUGCUCCAGAGCAGGAACACUGCUGUGGUGAUGUCUGUCGCUCAGCUCUACUGGCAUUUGGCACCCAAGCAUGAAGUCAACAUAGUCACCAAGUCGCUGGUUCGACUACUGAGAAGCCACAGAGAGGUGCAGUACAUUGUUCUCCAGAAUAUAGCCACUAUGUCCAUUCAGAGAAAGGGAAUGUUUGAGCCCUUCAUGAAGAGUUUCUAUGUGAGAUCCACAGAUGCCACACAUAUCAAAACCCUGAAGCUGGACAUCCUAACCAACCUGGCCAAUGAAGCCAACAUUUCCACCAUUUUGAGAGAAUUUCAGACUUAUGUGAAGAGCCAGGACAAGGCGUUUGCAGCAGCCACCAUUCAGGCUAUUGGCAGAUGUGCUACAAACAUCUCUGAAGUAACAGACACGUGUCUCAAUGGUCUGGUGCUGCUGCUUUCCAACAGAGAUGAAACUGUGGUGGCCGAGAGCGUUGUGGUGAUCAAGAAGCUCCUUCAGACCCAGCCGACCCAGCACAGUGACAUCAUCAAACACAUGGCCAAGCUUUUUGACAGCAUCACUGUUCCUAUGGCCCGAGCCAGCAUCCUGUGGCUGAUAGGGGAGUACUGCGAGAGGGUACCAAAAAUAGCCCCAGAUGUUCUCCGUAAGAUGGCAAAGACGUUCACAGUGGAGGAGGACAUUGUUAAGUUGCAAACAGUCAACCUAGCAGCCAAACUUUACCUGACUAACUCCAAGCAGACUAAGCUGUUGACCCAGUACAUCUUGAACCUCGCAAAAUAUGACCAAAACUACGAUAUCAGAGACCGAACACGCUUCAUAAGGCAGCUGAUCGUGCCCAACGAGAAGAGCGGAGCGCUUAACAAGUACGCUCGACGCAUCCUUUUGGCCCCCAAACCGGCCCCUAUCCUCGAGUCCACCUUCAAAGAUCGAGACCGUUUUCAACUCGGCACUCUCUCCCACAGUCUCAACAUUAAAGUGACCGGAUACCAGGAGCUGUCAGACUGGCCAGCCGUUGCUCCUGACCAGUCUGUGAGGAACAUGGAGGUCAUUGAGCCAGUGAAAGAGUGGUUACCAUUAGUGGGAAAGGCCAAACCAUCCAAAUCUGAUAGGUUCUACUCCGAUGAAGAAGAUGAGGACGAGAAAGGAACUGAGAGCAGCAGUAGUGAAGACAGCAGCAGCAGUGAAGAGUCCAGCAGUGAGAACGACAAGGACAGUGGUCAAGAGUCUGACAAGAGCUCCAGUCAGUCUAAAAAUAGCUCCAGUGAGUCUGACAAGAGCUCCAGCGGAUCGGAAGAGAAAAAGAAGAAAAACACAAAGAAGGUGUCGAAGAAAGGCAAACUAGCUGUGACUGACAGUGACUCCGAUGAAAAUGUGAACGGUCCUAUAUCCCAAGCUAGCAGCUCUUCAGAAGAAAGCUCCUCUGAGUCGGAGACGGAUUCAGAGGAUGAAUCUGAUUCAGAUUCCCACUCGGCAGCAAAGAAGAGUCAAGUGAAGUCGAAACCCAAGGUGGAGGUGAAGCCCAAGAAGGAAGUCUCUUUACUGGAUCUAGAUGACUUUUCUCCUGCACCCUUGACGGCACCAAAGUCUGUCCUCUCUCCCAGCUUGUUGUCUGACCUCAAAGACCUUUCACUCUCCAACAUCUCCACCACCGUGCAGGUCAGCACUCCAACCUUUGGUCCCAUGAUAACCCAGGAGCUGCUUCACCAUAUGACAGGAAAAGGUCUGUCAGCCAAGUACCAUUUCCCCAGGCAGCCAUGUUUGUUCCAGUCUAGUAUGGUGGCAGUACAGGUCACACUGACCAACAAGUCAGACCACACCCUGGAGGAGAUCCAUAUAGGAGACCACAGCCCCGCAAGCCUUAACAUACACUGCUUUAACACCAUUGAGCGUCUGGAGCCAGAGGCCUCGGUGACUGUUUCCAUGGGUAUUGACUUCAGCGACUCGACACAAGCGGCCAACUUCCAGUUGUGUACGAAGGAGGAUCAGUUUAGUGUGGCGAUCCAGCCGGCUGUAGGAGAACUGUUGAUGCCCAGUACACUGACAGAACAGGACUUCUGCAAGGAGCAAGGUAAGCUCCAGGGCAUGAAUGAGACCUCAGCCACCAUCACCAUGGCCACGCAAAACGCCAGAGGUCAGGCCAUCAACAAGCAGGUCCUGUCUGUGGCCAAUGUGGGAGUGGUUUCAUCCAGUCACAACAAAAUCCACAGGUUUGCCGGGCGGACAGUCAGCAGUGGAGCUCUGGUCCUGGUGUCUCUGGAACAGAAGGAGUCUUCUGCGGCACUGCUUACCAUCAACACAGAGAAGAGCGUCAUGGCUUCCAUGUUGCUCCGAGACCUCAAACAUGCCCUUGCUCAGGCAUAGUGCCCCUUUCUCCCCAACAUUCAAAUUCUUUAGGAAACAUCUAGGGGGCUAUCGUUCAGUGAAAGAAUUCCUGGAUUUAAUUUUCAUAAUUUAGGACAUUUUGAGUACUAUGUGGAAAAACAUGGCACUUUUAUUGAGAAACUAAAGAAGUCUGGUUGGAACUCAUCACAUAUGAAGAGAAAAUGUGAAAACCACAUGUUC